AUGAAGGGAACCAAUUACAAAAGUCAUUUACCUCCUGCUUGUACAAAAGUACCAGUGCCUCUUCCAAACUUGAUUAGACUCCCGUUGACGCAGUGGAAUAGGACAGUGCAGAAAUAUAGACCGAACGGAGCAGAAUACUUUCCAUCGCUACGUGACUUGGACCCAGCUGCCCCUCGAUAUAACACUGUCCAUUGCAGCUUAGGGCACAGUCAUGUUCUUGCUCUUCCUCAUCUUGGCCGGUGCUGUAACUGCCUAUCCCCGGAAGGAGUCCUCCAGUAUGAGGAAAGAAGAAUCUCCUCUGACUCCUGCCAAGGCUGUGUCUUUCCUCUGCGACUUAAUUUUGAAGAUGGUGGAGAACUCAGACGAUUACCUGAAAGUUCUAGUUGAUGCUACAACCGUUCUUGUCAAUUCUGUUACCGCAUCAAUUGAUGUUUAUAAGUUUUUCGCAGAAUUAGCGAGGAAAAGAGAAAAACAAAACGAGUACAGAAACCUGAUUUCUUACCUUACAUGACCAUAUUAGACUUAUGUUGAUUCUGUUUUGAGCAACACUUUUUAGAGUCUGUUCAGAAAUUUGA